AUGCCAGUAUCAACAGGGAUCAGACAAGGAGAUAGUCUCAGCCCAAUACUCUUCAACAUUAUAAUGGACGAAAUCAUAAAAGAAGUCAAAACGGCAGGCAGAAGAUACAGAAUGGGAAAACAUGAGUUUAAGAUAGUUUGCUACGCUGAUGACGCGGUUGUGAUAUCCGAAGAUGAGGAUAUUCUGCAAAAACUGCUACACAGAUUUGAAACAGUUGCAGGAAAAUUCAAUAUGAUCAUAUCGAAACAAAAGACACAAUCCUUUACAAUAGCGAGAGAACCAAGAAGAUGCAAACUGAAUAAUGGUAAUGUUGAGAUAACCCGAGCUGAUGCCUUGGCUAGAGAAGGACGGAGCUUACGGUACAUUGCCGAAAUGUUUAGGGUAGCGAAGUCUACCAUUCAAGAUGCACUCCGGCGUCUCCGGGAGAUUGGUAGCUACGAUAGGACGACCAGGGGGAACAACGGCAGUAGACGAUCGAUUUAUUACGCUGUCGAUCGACAUUUAACGACUCAUGGGGUUCGGGAAAGACUUGAAGUGACUCUAAAUACACAUGCCUACGGUGAAGAUGUUGAAGAAGGUAUAAAAAUAAAUGGGGUUACCAUAAGCAACUUCCGGUACGCCGAUGACGCUGUCCUCGUAGCUGACUCAAUGGAAGGUUUACAAACGUUAUUAGAUCAAAUGGUUGAGAAAUGUCAGGAGCAUGGAACGAAAAUUAAUACUAAAAAGACUAAGUACAUGAUCAUCAGCAAAAAUCCAGUAAACGAUGGUGACUUUGUUGUUGACAAUGAACCAUUAAAACGAGCCGAAAAGCUUAAUUAUUUGGGAACAACUAUUAAUGACAAAUGGGAUCACUCAACAGAAAUAAAAUGUCGCAUUGAGAAAAGAAAAACAUCUUGA